AUAAACAAACAAGCAAGCUGAUAAAAAAUUUGUUCUUGUGAUAAGUCGAUUUUAGUACCACCGAACAAAGCUCUUCUUUGAUUUCUAGUCCCGUAUUUACCUGUUUUUUACCUUUAGUUUAAAUUGCUUUUUUGUUAAAAUUUGUAUCAAAAGUUCUUCAUGAUGGUCUGCAACUUUCGAGUGUGUGUAUCUCAGUGCUGCUUGACCCUACUUACUAUGUACAAAUUCUCCUCUCCGUUUUAAAUAUUUAAAAUGUUCGUGGUGUCCUUAAUGUCCAAGAUAUUUCUUCGGAAGAGCAACUUUCACUCUGCACAAUGAGCAGCACCUCUCAUUCAAUCGUAUGCAAAGAAAUAUUCGACAAAACUUCAGAGCCUCCAUCGGAGGAAGAAAUUAAAGAAUAUGCGCUGAAAAUUGGAAUUAGUUUAGAAGAUGAACCUCACCUGUUGCCGCUAGCUAUUGAUGGAUUGACACGGCCCCUUCCUACUCAUUGGCAGCCUUGCUAUCAUGUGGAGACCAAAAACUGGUAUUACUUCAACUUUAAAACAAAAGAGACUAUUUGGGAGCAUCCAUACGAUGAACUCUACCGGAAUGUUGUGCUGAAAGCAAGAUACUUAGCGGAAAAUAACGAAGAGGACACUUCACUCCUGGAACUGUGCAAACCUCUGACCUCAGAUUUUGAAUCUCUAGAGCAAGAAAUACUCCUUAUUGUGGCCGAAGAAAUGCUUCCAAACAAAGGGCUCAACCUUUCCAACAACCCUCUGUUUUUUUCUACUCCUGGAUCCUUGAAUCGGAAACCAACGCUCACUCCGAUUGAUAAGGAUAGCAAGAAAAAGCAGAUGAAGAACGAAGCUUUGAAACCGUCUGCCAAGUUGUCAAAUCCUCUGAAUCAUAAGUCACUCACCCCAAACUUGCAAUUAAAGGAUAGAUCCUUGAACUCUUCAAGUGUAAUUUCAACCAGUGGGUUUUCAUCGAUGGACUCAAAACAGAAAUUGGAUUUAAGUUUAUAUGAUCAUGUGAAUGAAUAUGAUGAUGACUAUAUUUCAUCUCUGGCGAGCGAUAGGAAAACAUCUCACUCUGAAAUUCUUAGGAAAACUAGCAAGACUGAAUCGCGGAAGGGGACUGUUCGCUUCCAUCUAUCAGACAAAGAUGCUGCCAUGGAGGAUGAAUCGCUCCACAAAAUUUCAAUUGACGAUGUAGCAAGUCUCGGAUUGUCAACUGAUAGUGGUGUGGUAUCUUCUCUAAAUCCAGGAAAAACCAAAGUUAAAUCGUCCUUCACUCUCAUGGGUGGAGGCUCGGCAUUCCUCAAAAAAUCUGGGAAGAAAACCGACGAUAAAGAUAGCAUGGAGACGGACGGAAAGAAAGAAUGUAGUGACAAUGAAGACUCAGUCAACAGUCAUGGGGCCAUCUUUGAUGGCAAGAAGAAACUGAUGUCGUCUAAAUCAAUCUCAGCCCAGAACUUGUCAGAAUUCUCGACGAAACGCGAGCGACCAUUGAUCCGGUCCCACACAACGGACGCACAAGAUUGCAACACACUUGUCGGAGAUAUUGAUGAGGAUUUGUUCCAUGAGAGUAUUCAGCCCAGUGAUAGGUUAAUCGAUCACUCUUUUCAAAGUGAGGACGUUUCAGAUGAACAGAGCAAGCUAUUAAUGAGGAAGAAUAGAAGUAAUCUCAUAGUGAAGGACUCAGCUGACAGGCUGCAAAAAUCAUCAACAGAUCUCAAGUUAGACAGCUCUCAAAGUUCGCAGCCCGAAAACUCUAUCAAAAGUACUAAAAUCACGCCAAGCUCGCUGAAGAAAGUGCUCAACAUCCGUUUUGGUGUGAAUGAGUUAGAAAGUGUGUCAUCAAGUGCUUCAAAUGCGUUUGAUUCACAAGAGGUCUCCGAAGAAGAAAGUGCCAAAGCCUUGAAUGCCCACAACGUAUCAAAGGAGGCUCGUAAUUUAUCAGCUAACUUGCGACGAGCAAGUCUUCUCAACCAAGAUAGAUUUGAUGAUUCUCUGAAAAGUGAUUCUCUUUUAGAGUGCAAGGAUUCAUCCUCUGGGAAUUUCAAACGAGAUUCUCCUUCUCUCGAGACAUCAGUCAAUCAAAAAGAAUUUGAGAAAGAGGGUGUGAAGAUGGGCCAAGAAAAUUUUCGAUCAGCUUCAGGAGGCAGCCAUUUUUCUCACUUAGUAGGGCCCAGUGGGGCUGCAGAAGAUGGUAACGAUGGUGCUGGAACGUGUACAAGGGCUUUGGAGCGAGGAAGAAACUGAGUCUGCCAAACACACCGCCGAACUUGUCAAUAGACUUGAGAAAUCCAUUGAAGACAAAUUAAAAUCCAAAAAAGAAAAAACUCUGGAGCUUGAUCAAAGUUUAACAGAGUUGGAGGAGAAAUUAUCAAAAUUGAAUAAAUACAAAGAGGCAGAGGUUGAAAAACAAAGUAAGCAUGUUGAAAAGACAUUGGCAGAUAUAACAUCGGACUUUGAUGCUCGACUCCAACUCCUGAAAGCAACUAAACAGCAAGAGAUGGAAGAAGUCAAGAAAAAAGCAGAGAAGGAGCUUGAGCUGAUUCGAACUCAACUAAAUGUUGAAAAAGAGGUGCUGGAAAAAACGCUGAAGGACAUGCAGGCGAGCUACAAUGAGAAACUGAACAUUGCACGGAAGGAAGGCGAAGAACAGGUGAAAGCAACAAAAGAAAGACUGGCGCAGGAAUUGCUUGAGAUGCGGCAGGGCAACAAAGAUGCACUCAUGAUCGUCAAACACGAGAAUAAGUCUUAUAUGGAUGAAAUAUUCGAGCAGCAUAAAGGACACAUGGAUCAUAUUCAAGACAUGUUUGCUAAAGAGGAAGCAUUGCUAGAAAUGAAACAUAAAGAAAAAGUGGAAGCUUUAGAAGGGAUGGUCUACAAAGUUGAUAAAGAUUGUCUUGAUUUUGCUCAGUUAAGCAGAGAGUACGAAAAGUUGCGCUGUAAGUAUCGCAUCCUAGAGGACAAGUAUAAUGGCUUGAAGGAGAAAUUUUUGCAAAUGAGGAAUGAUAUCAGGUUGUCUGUCGAAAGAAAACGUCAGGCUAAAGCUACAGCAAAGUUUCAGCAACAAUACCGUCAAAAAACAAAAGACACUUCUGCAGAGGACACUGAUAUCUCUAUCAUUCAAACCCGAUCGUUAACUGACCGGCCACGCAAAAAGAAGCUUGACUUGUAUCCGGACAGUGAUUCAAAAGGAGACACCACUAGCACAAGUUUGAGCAUAGCGUCCAAGUUCCUCUCCAACAAAGAGACGAAUUUCCGUCCAUUUCGAUAUGAUGAGUCUAGCACGACUGGACAGUCUGGCGAAGGGAAGAAUAACAAUCUCAAGCUCAACCCGAAAGAAUUACUCUCCGAUGUCGUGAGUGGAUCAGGACGAAAAGUAUGUUCUGAGCUGGAGUUAUCCACUGGUAAUCCAAUGAACAAUCCUAAAGAAUGUCUCCGCAAACAGCUUGAUAAACUCGAAGAAAUUGACUCUGAACUUCCCCCAACUUCUCAUGCAGACUCCUAUCUGAGAUACCCAUUUAUUGAAAUAGAUAACAAAUUAAACGACCAGCUAGAUGCUGAAAUUGAGUUUUAUCGCCAUCGACUUUUGCUCGAGUAUGACAAUGUGGUGCGAGCCAAGGAGAAGCUCCGUGAAGACGAACAGAAGGUUGCACGGUCGAAGUAUUCCGUACCAAACACCCAGCUGAAUUCUUUUCAGCGUUUGCAAUUGGAAGAGGAGCUUGUAGCCUUGGAGGCGUCUGUCGAACGGACAAGAGCAUUGCUGACAGAAAAAUUCAAGAGACUUCGUCUUAUGCAUCAAACUUUAGACGCAGCUUUGAACAUUCCACUUGAUCAAAAUAUGGUCCUUGCAUCCCAAGAGUCCUCUCCCACCUCAUCAGCAGAACCUGGCAGUCAAAAAGGUGAUAACGCACCCAUCCUGCCAAACAAGCCUCAAUGUGGUGUUCAAGAAGCCGUGCAAACGAAAAUGAGUCCCAGCUGUGACGUUCAGGAACCACCAAGCAAACCAGACGGUAUCCAUGAGAAAAUCUCGGAACUGAAGGACUGGCUGAAGAAAGUAUCUGCUUCAAGUAAAUAGACCUUUUCCUCCUCAAUUAAUAUGCGUUCGCUUUUGAAAGUCACGAAAAGAAUGACAUAGAGCAUUUUAAAGUUUGGUUUCCCCAUUUAAUUAAAUAAUUAAUAUUUUAUAGUCCUUUGGGGAAAAAUGCAUUAAAUAGGGUCUGCAAAUUAUAAAAUGGAUUGCAGUAAAACCAUGUCGUUCUAGGCUGCAUUACUAAAAAACAAAAACAAAAACAAAUGGGGAUUUAACGAGGCAUGGAAACCCUCCGAUGAAUGACGGAUGUCAUUUGAGAGAUGGUGCAAAAAACGAAGAAUUUUCUUUUUCUUUAAAAUAAAGAAAAUAUCAGAGAACAAGGAAAUUCAAGAAUCCUAGACACCAUGAAGAAAGUUAGACCACACUUUUUUUCUUCUUUUUUUUAAAUCUGAAUAGCAAUGUUUAAAUUAAAAGUCUACAAAAAUUUUGACUCUUGAAGCAAAGUCCGAGGUUAAAUUGAGUGUUGAGUGAAAGCACAGAGAUAUGUUUGUAUUUAUUCUUACGUGUAUUUUUGUUUGUUUGUUUGAUUUUCUGUUUAUAUUUAAUACCUAAGUUAAUUCUUCUCUGUUAUUAUAUUUUUCCUUGGAAACUGUGAAGGUCAACUCCGCCAAAAUGCACAAUAAUUGGAGUACACAUUCCCCUCUUGUAUGCAAGCCAUCUUCUAUGUUAGAACUUUGUCGAAGAUGGAAGUUUUCAUUGGUUUUUUACAAUGACAGUCAUUUUUUAAAACUAUUAUGUCUUCUAUUUUUGCUCAAGCAGCAAAUGGAACUAAAUCUCUAGUCAGAAUAAAAUUCUCAUAUUAUUAUUUAUACUGAAAAAAGAUACAUGCUAAAUGUAGAUUUUGUAUUUUUGCAUGCUCGCAAGAAGUUUUUAUGUGAAACUUGGAUGUCAGAAUAUAUCGCACAUUGUUAGAUUAGCUUAUGUAGCAUGGUCAUAUCUCAAUUUGAUUAGCUGGCCUGAUUCAUGAAAUUGACUGAUUCGAAUGCUAUGAUCUCAGUUUUAGGUUUAUCGCUUCAAGUUCCUUUUUCCUUUCCAAAAGUAAUCUCAUCUAGUCAGAUAUUGUUUAAAUUUUUUUCUACCUCCUGAUUUUGCUUUGAUCUUAAUGUUAUUUUCUUAUUUUCUUGUAUGCUCUAACUAAAAGGCGCAACAUUGAUAGAGUCAGGAAAAUACUGUCUCGAUAAAGUUUAAAAUGACGCACUACAUGUAGUUAUCAUCUUUUAGACCAAGGUCACUGGUAAAAAAAACCAGGAAAACCAAGUGUCUGAGUGACAGUUUUUAGCACUUCCCAUUUUUAUAAAAAUGUGAUUUGUCAUUAUUUCUUCAUGAUCUGUCGAGUUAUUUUUUAUAUUGUCAAUAUAUUUUGUUUGGCUCAUGAUUUUUCUAAAAGUUUCUCAAUAUUUUGCACAUACAGAUAUAGUUUUCUGAAAACGCUUUUACAUGUUUUGUCAUUGUGUACCAAAACCGUCUUCAAACUAGAAAGGUCAACCUACAAAGGUCAACCUACAAAGGUCUUCAAACUAUCCCUCGCUAUCAUAAGCACUUAUGUCUCUAAAAAUUCUUCUAGGUUUGUACGAGAUUUAAUUUGCAUUCUAACCACCAGAUAUUACAUUGACACGUUUCAUAUCGCACAACAGAAGUAUGUAAUUAAAAUGGCUUGUUUUUCCGUAUUAUGUGACGUAAAUAUCUUCUUAAACAUUACUCAGAUGAAUUAAAUAGGUCAACUAGAAAAACUGUUUGCAGCAGUUUGAUAAAAGGUCUAAAACUCCUGACCUUGAGGGGGGGCAACAUAAAACAUGUCUAGUAUGCAAAGUGUUGAGGCCUUUUGAAAGUGGUUAUGUUUGUGUUUAAUUAUUAAUUUCUUUCUUCUUCUGUUUUUUCUGCUUUAAUCUGAAUCUAUUUUUGUGCAUAAACUACUUGUCAACUCAAUCUAUGAGGUAUUAUUCAUCAACUCAAAAUGACUGUCGCAUUACAUCGUCUGAUUCUUCUGGUAUUAAUGGACUAGUAAAAUGGAAUCAAAUUUGUUUACUAUCUAUUAUUCAUUUCAUGAAUGCACCAGUCGGACACGUGGGUUAAAAAAGUCUGUUUGCCAGGAGCAAUUUUUCGAUUUCAUUUUACAGACUAAUAUUACAUUCACUGUUGAAGCACACCAAAAAGUUUAUUUUGAGGUCUAAGAACUUCCAAAGUUGCAUGCUAAUGAAUUUAUAAAAAAAAUGAAUGUCAAUUUGUUGUAGUGCAUUUGAUCUCAGCAGUAGGAAUAGUUGCAUACCAGGAUGGAUGAUAAAAAUAAUCUUACGCAAUUGUAUCCAAUUUUAAAAACGUAGCCAUAAAAUUUUCUCUCUACUAAAUCCAAACUUCACUGAAGUGACUUAUGAAUCAACCACAGAAGAUUUCUGUCGUCAAAACUGAGCGUUAACUAAUAUCUCAAAUCAUAUUUAAUUAUCAUUAUCUCAAAGUUACUAAUUUCUGUUCUUAUUAGGUUUUUAGAUGUUCUGGAAUUGAAUAUAUUACUAUUUUCAAUCUAACCAUUCUAGUCGCAACAUAUGUUCAAUCAGUUUUAUCUUAGAAUUCGUGAUUGUUGCUUAUAUAUUUUGGCAACCUGUUAGGAAUGUCUAAGAGCUUUCAAGGAGAAAUUUUAUGGCUACCAGUAAGCAAGCUGUAACUAAAUAUGUUUUACUAUAAUUUAUGUAAACUCAUGCUGUAAAACUAUUUUCUUGCUUUUAAGCGUAAAAUUUUCAUUAUAGUGUAAUAAUAUUAGAAUGAAGACUUUUACCGCGUUCGGUGGUUUAGAUUUAAAGGUAAAACUUACCAAAAAAAUCUGCACCUAACAAAA